AUGACCGGGAGAGAGGGGCCCCCCGCCCCUCCCAGGACCACUGGCUUUGGCAUCCAAGAGAUUUUGGGACUCAACAAGGAGCCCGCCCCUCCACCCAGGGGCCACAUGCAUUCCCUGCCUCCAGGGGCCCAUCUGCUGGCGGCCCGCUCUGGCCUGGGGCUCCUGGGAGCCGGCGGGAUCCCCACCUUCUACACACAGCCUGGGUUACUACUGGGGGAACACCAGGGGGCCCGGGUACAGACAGUGGGCAGGAGCCCGGGACCAGAGAAUGGGAGCCGGACCUGCAGCUCAGACUCUGAAGAUAUUUCAUCCACUGACAGAAAACUGCCCAAAUCCCUCAAUCAGAACAAGAAACGCAAGAAGAGGCGGCACAGAACAAUUUUCACCUCUUAUCAGCUGGAGGAGCUGGAGAAAGCCUUUAAUGAAGCUCAUUACCCUGAUGUUUAUGCUCGCGAGAUGCUCGCAAUAAAAACUGAGCUGCCGGAGGACAGGAUACAGGUUUGGUUCCAGAACAGGCGUGCCAAGUGGAGGAAGCGCGAAAAAUGCUGGGGGCGGAGCAGCGUGAUGGCGGAGUAUGGUCUGUACGGGGCUAUGGUCCGCCACUCCAUACCCCUUCCGGAGUCCAUCCUGAAAUCUGCCAAAGACGGCAUUAUGGAAUCAUGCGCCCCAUGGCUCCUGGUUCAAGAUGGCGUGUCAUUGCCCAGACGAUUUUCUAAACCCGAAUACCAACAAUUCUUUGCAGGGAUGCACAAAAAGUCUCUGGAGGCGUCAGAUGGUGUACAGCAGGCAGAGCGCGAGGUACCAGCAAUACCCAACCAGCCAGACGUCAGUGAGAGGGCAGAGGCUGACCACCCAGCUCCCAUCUCUGAGGAGAAACUGAGAGAGAACAGCAUUGCGGCUUUGCGUGCAAGAGCCCAGGAGCACAGCGCCAAGGUCCUUCAGAGCACUAACUGCGAGGCACCGGCGAAGAAAUACGAAAGGGAGGCGGUAGAGGAGAAGGAGGAGGAAGAGCAACUGCAGGGAGAAGCGCAGAACCAGGCAGAGCCUAAGGUUUCCUUUUAGAGGACUCUGCGCAGGAAACCAUUUCCCCGUACGAGGAGUUCCUCCUGUAAGAUGGCCUAGGCUUGUGGAUCCCACCAAAUACAUAGCACACAGCUGGUUGUUAGACAUGUGUAUUAGAACUUACUGGCCAGGAAUAUACUGAGAAUUUUCUAUUCAGUUUUGGGGAGUAACUCACUGACAGGCCACCGUCCCUCGUGAGAUGGGCGCCAGAGUUCCUUCACGCUGACCACUCUGCCCAGGCUCCGCCGUGUAAAUACUGUACAGAGACACUUAACACUUCAUUAGGUGUAACUGUGACUGCUGUAAUUCUGUGUAAAAUAAACA